AUGUCCACUUCUCUGCUCGUUCCCCAACAUGUUGCAUAUAUCAGAGCUCUCAGUGGAGAUAGCAAACAUGAGCUGUCCUAUGAUCUCUCGGCUCACCUAAGGAUGAACGCAGUGUACUGGUCCCUGACUGCUCUUUUGAUCAUGGGACAUGGGGACGCGUUGGAUCGCGAUGAGAUGAUAGAUUUUGUUAUGAGCUGCUGGGAUGAAGAGGCAGACAUCUUAUCUUUGCAGCAACCUUCUGGAAGUUUCGCGGGCGAUGCCUUUGGCGAAACUGAUACACGUUUUUUGUAUUGCGCAGUCAAUGCUCUCUCGCUUCUCGGCAAGCUUGAUAAGCUGGACGUUGAGAAAACGGUCGCUUAUAUCAGGCGUUGCAGUAAUUUCGAUGGUGGAUUUGGAGCUGUUGCAGGUGCCGAAAGCCAUGCUUCACGAGUAUUUGUGUGCAUUGCCUCACUCGCUAUUCUGGACAGAUUGGAUGAGGUCAAUCAGCCGACACUGUUUUGGUGGUUAUCGGAGCGACAACUACCGAAUGGAGGACUUAACGGACGCCCUGAAAAGCUGGAGGAUGUUUGCUAUAGCUUCUGGGUGUUGUCCGCCCUUUCUAUCCUUAAUAAGCUUACAUGGAUAGACUCGAGUAAACUGGAAGCCUUCAUUCUCUCUGCGCAAAACACCGAGUCUGGAGGUAUUUCCGACCGCCCGGGCAAUAUGCCUGAUGUCUUCCAUACAAUAUUUGGCUUGGCCGGUCUGUCAUUAUUGGGAUACCCGACACUAGUGGACCUUGACCCAGUGUACUGCAUGCCUACGAGUAUCAUUGAAAAUAUGGGUCUCAGGAAGGGGUGGAAGGCUUUGCAGAGAAGGACUUCGUGAUUUGCAUUUGGAUUGAGGUUACAUAUGUUGAAGAAUUUACUGGAAGAAGUGACCAGAGUUUGAAAGUAGAAUCAGCGGGCAAAUUGCGGGUAUGAUACAGCCUAGCUACACGUGUAUUAAACCAGGUUACAAAUCACCCGCAUCAAUGAUGGAAUCAAGAUAACUAAUC